AAGCCCAACUUUCUCACCUUCAGAACACGCAGUAAGACAACAUGGCAGUCGUUUGUCUGUUUCUCCUCCUUUUGAUGGUUGGACGGUCCCCCUCGCUGUCCAGCCCCUGCCCCGGGGACCCCAUAUGUCCUGACAAGCCGGCCGGCUGUGAGCUGGGCAGUGACGUCGACGCGUGCGGCUGCCUGGUGUGCCGCCCGGUGGAGGGGGAGGCGUGCGGACUGGCAACCAGCUUGCCGGGGUGUGCUAGCGGCCUCACGUGCACGCACUUUCUGUCGGGGACGUGCCAGCGAUCACGGGCUGCGCCGGACGCACGGAUCGACGCAGAACCGCAAGAAAAGGACGUCCAGCCGGUGCCGAUCGUCGGCUUGGUCCCAUACUGUGAUCACGUGGCUGACGUGGAAGGCUGUCAGUACGGUGACGUCACCAUCCCUGUUGGUGUGGAAUGCAAGGUGGACGACUGUACGUGGUGUGCGUGUCCUGUGGCUGGGCAGAACCCUGUGUGUGUUACCCAGGACUGCCCGCCCCCGCCCUGCCCCGUCCCCGUCUGCAUCCCCGGAAAGUGCUGCCCCGUCUGCCACCCUCCGCAGCUGUAAAAUCAACGGAUCAAUCAAUAGAUAGAUAAUUAAAUAAAUCGAACGACUAGCUGGUGUGUUGCGCUGAAUGGUGGUUAUACGGCUAUACAUAUACAUAUACUGUAUAUACAGGUCAGU